UCCGUCUGCUGCUGUGGGUGUGGAGUGCAGCCUGGUUCCUGAGGCGCUUUGCAAGUCUCCAGCACACCGUGGAGGAUGUGCCUGGCAGGUCAGAAGCCGGUGGUGAUGAAGGAUGCUGCUGGAGGCAUGGUUUGGGGGGCUGGGUACUCAACCACACCCCCCGCUCUGCCCAGCGCUCUGUCCUCGGGACCUGCAGGCACGGGAGCCACCAGCUGCUCCUCUAAGCUGGAUGUGUGUCCCAUGGAGAGAAGAGUCAGGACUCCUCUUGUCAUCACUGAGGUACAAUGGUGCUUUACCUAGUGGAGACAGAGGACGGAGGAAGAGCCGCUUUGCCCUCUAUAAGCGUCCCAAGGCAAAUGGUGUCAAGCCCAGCACUGUCCACGUGAUUUCCACGCCCCAGGCGUCCAAGGCGAUCAGCUGCAGGGGCCAGCACAGCAUCUCCUACACGCUCUCCAGAAACCAGACGGUGGUGGUGGAGUACACCCAUGACCAGGACACGGACAUGUUCCAGGUGGGCAGGUCAACCGAAAGCCCCAUCGACUUUGUCGUCACAGACACCAUUUCUGGCGGCCAGCCCAGCGACGAAGCCCAGAUCACGCAGAGCACCAUCUCCAGGUUCGCCUGCAGGAUCGUGUGCGACAGGAGCGAGCCCUACACUGCGCGGAUAUUCGCCGCUGGCUUUGACUCUUCCAAAAACAUUUUCCUUGGAGAAAAGGCAGCAAAGUGGAAAAACCCCGACGGCCACAUGGACGGGCUGACCACCAACGGCGUCCUGGUCAUGCACCCGCGGGGCGGCUUCACCGAGGAAUCCCAGCCGGGGCUGUGGCGAGAGAUCUCGGUGUGUGGGGACGUGUACACCCUGAGGGAGACCCGGUCGGCGCAGCAGAAGGGCAAGCUGGUGGAAAGUGAGACCAACGUGCUGCAGGACGGCUCCCUCAUUGACCUGUGUGGGGCCACGCUUCUGUGGAGAACGGCGGACGGGCUUUUCCAUGCUCCCACACAGAAGCACAUCGAAGCACUGCGGCAGGAGAUCAAUGCCGCCCGGCCCCAGUGUCCAGUGGGGCUCAACACGCUGGCCUUUCCCAGCAUCAACCGGAAGGAGGUGGUGGAGGAGAAGCAGCCUUGGGCGUAUCUCAGCUGUGGCCACGUGCACGGGUACCACAACUGGGGCCACCGCAGCGACACGGAGGCCAAUGAGAGGGAGUGUCCCAUGUGCAGGACUGUGGGCCCCUACGUGCCUCUCUGGCUGGGCUGUGAGGCGGGAUUUUAUGUGGAUGCGGGCCCACCGACUCAUGCUUUCACUCCCUGUGGCCAUGUGUGCUCAGAGAAGUCUGCAAAGUACUGGUCUCAGAUCCCGCUGCCCCACGGGACCCACGCGUUCCACGCCGCCUGCCCCUUCUGUGCCACGCAGCUGGCCGGGGAGCAGAGCUGCAUCCGACUGAUUUUCCAGGCUCCAGUUGAUUGACGCCCUUCACAGUUACUCUGUAGCUCUGCCUUUCUGUAAUGCUGUUGGCAGAGGGGAAGGCAGACUAGGCUGGCUGGGCAGGAGGGGACGCAGGGCGUGGUGUGGAAACAUGGCGGCAGUGUCGCACACCCCGCGGGCAUCGCGUGGUCCCGACUGCGGCCAUGUCCUCAAAGUCUGCCCAGUUAAACCAUAAUCUCUGCGUGAUCGUUAGCGGUCAGCUGCCCUGCUCUUAUUUUUAACCUUGGGCUUUUAACCAGGUAUUUUCCCUUUGUAAACUCAGACACAAUUUUAAAUCCUCUCUUGCAAGCAUACCAGAAAUGUGUUCACGUGUUAUUGGCUAGUAGCGUACAACCUUGGUGUCACCUGAGGACACAUGGUGUCCACACUCACUGCCGGUGCCCGGCAUUCAGUCCCGGAGCAGACAGACGUGGCUGAUGGCCAAGAGACCUUCAGGGCAGGCACCUGUCCUCAACUAUGGGCCUUUUUUCUGGUUUAUUUUACUGGCGAUUUGUGGAGAGGGAGUAUUCAUCUGCGACUGCAGGUUUUUCCUACGGUAAUGGAAUUUACUUACCCACCCACGUCAGUUAUUCAGCAUUCCAAACAAAGAACUUUCCAUGAUGUUUUAGUCUGCAUUUUAUAUUUCUGCUUCAUACACUUUGUCCCCAACCCUCAUCUUGCAUGGCCAGAGCUGCUUGAUUAGCUGCACACAGCAGCUCUUGGGUAUCAGUACGCAGCACUGUGGCCGGGCACUGUGAAGCCAGCCUCACCCACACACGGAAUAUUCGAGAUCUGGGAGAGUUCAAAGUGCACUUUUAUGUUUUAAAACCACUUGUUGGGCUUUCCUUGGCUGUUUUGUCUUUAAGGAGUCAAAAUGCUGUGAGUCCAAAGGCCACACCCUGCAGCAGUGCAGGCCCUUUUGUCUGCCCACUUCGCACCAUCCGUCCCCUUCUUUUGCAGCUUUAGGAGCCCUAAGUUUUCACAGUGUUUGCAAAUGAAACUAGAUUUAAACGUGAUCAUUAGAUAUCCCCAGAACCGAAUGGCACCUCAGUGGAGAUCACUUGAGAUUCCUGACUUAGAGCGAAGGAGUGUUUCCUGCGGAAUAAUUCAGUCAGAAUUUUCUGUAUGCUUUCCCCGCCCCUCUCUGUCGGCGUCUUUUCAUUUUGAUGAAUAAUUCCUGGGUGCUCAUUUUUGUGCUCAAUACCAGAGCACUGUUUCCAAAAACCGCAAAUUGGGUGAGCUGAGAUAGGCCCCUGCAUGAGGAACAAGUGUCCCUUUGAAAUAACGUCCUCUUUGGUGGAUUAUUGCAGAUCUGAACUACAUUUUUUAACUUUUGUAAAUAUAUGUAAUUUAUAUGAUUCUAAUAUACUAUAUUCAUACUUGAAUUGGUUUUCCCAUAUUUUGCCUAUUGGCAAGUAUUUUGCCUAUUUUUAAUCAUUCUAACCUGUUUGAAUACUCUUUUUUCUUAAAGUGAUAAGAUAUAUAUCUCUUAAUUGCUGCUGCUUAAUUUAACUUAAUAUUUUAAAAGGUCAGCCUGUCAGUUUUAAAAUAGCUUUAUUUUUCAAUGGAGAUCAUUGUUUAGGAUGGGGUAUUUUUGUUCGGGUAAUUUUUAAAUGAUGUGGAAAUCCGACAGUAGUCCUCUUCCUGAUCACCUCCUCUGUUCUGUGUAGUUUACCUGCAGACACACGAUAAAAUGUGAUUGCCCACAAUGAUGUAUUGAACACUGUCUGGCCUAGUCUCCAGCUGUCCCUGAGAGAGUGUCUUACAGUGUAAUCCUUGGGCUCCGAGCACGGCUAAAGGAGGCACUUCCUCCUUUGUCUUACUCUAUGACCUGAGGAUUUCUCAUACCCCAAGCUCAUCAAGCUCGUCUUAUGGGGUAUGUGGCCUUGCACCCCAAAAGGCUGUAUCUCACUGACCAAAAAAAA